AGGCUACGGCGCUUCAUCAUUCCACCCCCCUCUCUCAUGCCAUCGGUGGCAUUUUAGGAAGAUAUGAUAUUCGUAUUUUGGAUCGCGCGUUGUGAUUGAAGCAUUUCUGGUCGAUUUAUUGCUAUGAGGUAGAUCCCAUUCGCGAAAGAAGGUCUGUUUAAAGAUGUAUAGGUUUCAGUAUGUUGGUAAGUGUCUCACCUUGCAAGAAAUUUCUAAAGACCUUACCUCGUCUCUCAUAGUAAAGAACUCGCUGCAGGAGAGAACAACAAGAGCACAAUGUUAGCCACGGUCCGAGCCUGGUACCUAGGCCACUGCGAGGAGUCGAGUCAAUACCUUCACAUGUCCAAGUGGGUCUCCGAGGCGAUCCACGGUUGCAUGGCCAACCACUGGCGACCGCUGGCGCAAAACACCUGGUGGUACGCAAGUUCCAGUUUCACCUACACCUUGAUCGGCAUCUACGUCUACUUGAAAUCGCAAGAGUUGGCCACCGCUUGCGGGCCGGGGUACGGCCUGCUCCUGUGGCGGUGGGAAGCGUUUUUUCUCAUUUGCCAGGGUUUCAUCUCGUAUGCCAGCGACGUGCGGUGUUUUGGUAAAUAAAUGGAUCACUUAAUAACUUUUUUUCCUGUAUCCCUCAUCUCCCGGUGCUUCGCCUUGCUGAUCAUAGUACGUACCUCACCGCAGAUAUGACUAAGAAAGAAGAUGGCCAUGCUCUUCACAAUAAAAACGCAAGUAUCUAUAAGUAAAAAUUUCAAAUGAUUGCCUAUCUCAACAGGCUUGACCUGGUACGUCGCUCGGUUGGACCAGAUUUGGGCCUCGAGUUUGUUCUGCCUGCAGCUGUGCAAAGCCGCGAUGGUGACCAUGGACCAGACGCAAAUCACGAUUUACGCCGUUGCACUGGUCACCGCAGUUUUCUUCUUCGUUUCCGCGCAAAUCUGCCACUGGGCCAUGGUGCAUCUGAUGGAGAUUCGGCACUACGCCUGUGAAAAACUCGAGAGCGGCAUCGGAGACGAGGACUUUGUCUUGCUGGACGAACACAGCAAAACGCAAGAACGACCAGAUGAGGUUCAUCUACAACAAGCACAUACACCUUCACGUGGGGAUAAAAAUGCGAGGAUAGGAGUUCCUUCCGGCGCUCAAACUAGUACACUUGGGCCACAGAUGAUAACGCAGUUAAGUGCUGUACACCAAGAGAGCAUGGACAACAUCAACAACAGCAGCAGCGCCAACAAAAACGAUUCGAUUCCAAACACUUUGAAAACCCGGAAAUCCUUUGCCUACGACCACGAAGAGCAGCACGCCGGCGAGUGUGUGCCAAAAACUCGCGGAGUCGUCGGAGGUGUUACUUGCCCGACGCCGAAAUUACCAUCGGCAGCGACCGAAGUAGAUGGGACGACGAAGAAUGUUGUACCAGCAUCUUCCUCUCUCGCAAUAACCUCCUCCCUCGCAGCUUUCGCUUUCCAAGUCGCGGUGGAUCUCCUGUUGCCGAUUAGCGAGCUCUUUCUGCGGGCCAUAACAUCAACGUCGACGGGAAAUUUCGCAGCUGCAGAGCCCGUUUCUAGCCCAAAGCCUUCCGACGAGGAGGACAAGAAUAGGCAGUUAGAGACGCGCUUGUUUCAGGGAUUCAUGUUCUACCACACACUGUGGCACUAUUCCAUACCGUUUGGAGCUUUCUUGUGGGUCUGGUACACAACAAAUGGAUACAGUUUUCUAUGAAUGUUGAUAAAAGUUGACAGAAACCGUGCUGCCGUCAUCAUGCGAGUGUCUUCCCUCUUCACAAUAUUAUGUGAGAAGUUUCCGCAAUGUAGAUGCGCGAGCCUGUAUUGGUGUGCUACGAGAGGUUUGCAUUUCCCAGCUGCUAGCAUUUCCGCUUCUUUUCUCCGUGCACGGGGCUGUCAGCUACUUGAUUAUCAUUUCUGACUUUCUGCUAGUACUACAACUACCCAUUUCCAAUUGUAGAUAGUACCAGAGAAGCGCCCUUCGCACUGACCUUGCGCCAUAAAUACAUUUGCCCUUCUGGUUUCGCAUGACAAAGUAAGAAGUUCAAUCACAUCUUCACAUGUGCAAGAAAACUACAUACGUGAUCAU